AUGAAUACCUUUUCACCAUUGUCAUCACCACCUUUUGACAAUGAACAUGGUGAUGAUGGUGAUGAUAAGCAAUCAUAUAGUAACGAUGAAAGAUCUCAAAGUAAACCAAUCUAUAGAUAUUCACCAAAGCCAGCAAUGGUUGCAACGACAUCUCAGUUUAUAGAAAAUAGAGUAUUGGUAACAUUAUUACCAUCACUUUUUAUAGUUUUAAUGAUUGGUGGAAGGACUACACUAUAUGUAUCUGCUAUUGUAUCUCUUUUGACUUAUCUAUUUGAUCUUUUCUCUCAAACAGAAUUUACUCUAAUUUCAAUAUGGGUAGGAAUGAUAGCUAUAAAUUUAUCAAUUGCAGUCAACAGUUUAUCACUUGUAAACCAUAUCAUAAUUAAUGCACUUCUCCUAUUUAAUAUGGCCAUGAUACUUGCAUUGUGUGGACUGUAUGCGACUUUACAAUUUAGACCAAAGCUUGGUUCCACCUUUCCCGCAAUAUUUGAAACAAUGGAAAGGAUUUUGAUAUCUUGUACUCCAUAUCCAACUACUGUUAUUUUCCUUUGGUUUAUCAUAUCGACCAUCGAAAGUUCAAUCAAUCAAUCAACCCCCUAUUAUUUAUUAAUUAUAUUGAUUGUUCAAUAUUUCCUUUAUCAAAAUAAUAAUAAUAAUAAUAGUAAUAAUAUAUUAUCAACAACAAUAAUGAAAAUAACAUUUAUAAGUUUUCCAGCAACAUUUUAUUAUUCAAUCUAUCACCGAGCAGUUGUGACAACAGAUUAUAAUCACCUUUUACAUUUGGUACUUUUAAUUUCAAUUCCAAUCUUUAUUUGUACAACCUCCUCUUCCUCUUCAUCCUCCUCAUCCUCCUCUCCAUCUUCUUCUUUAUUUUUUAUUUUAAAAAUGAUAAAUGGAAUGUUAUUAAUUGGAUCAAUAGAGUAUUUGGUUAUUUUAAAGUCUCCAACUUUUUCAAAGACUAUCAAUAUUGCCCCACCCUAUAAUUACAUUUUUGUGACCAUUGCAGUGUACACGGCUGCCGUUAUACUCUAUAUUAUUUUAUUUGGUGCAAAUAAUCAACAACAACAACAACAAAUAUUUUCUAGUAAAUAUUUAUUAAUAGUUGUGGCAUUAAUCUUUUCAAUAACUACAACCUAUAUGCUCGCCGCACCAUUUUAUAUCUAUAUAUUUUCAAUUGUAUCUGCAUUAUCACUAUCCAUUUAUUUAUAUAAAUUACUUUUAAAUGGUACAUCGGAAUAUAUAACAGUGGAGGGAGGAGGAGGUACCCAAUCAUGGACAAUGUAUCCAAAUUAUUUGGUAUUAUUUAGUUCAGUAGUCGCCUUGUACAUUAACAAUCGAGGGUCAACUACUUUAUAUCUCUUACGAUCAAACUUUGCAACUUUUUUAAAAACACUCUCAGACAGUGUCCUUUUAUCAAAAGUAAUCGCCAUUUGCAUUAUUAUCCCCCUUCAACAACCAAAUCAACAACUCGAAACUCUACUUUCAAACAUUAUCAUCCCAACAACUAUUUUUACAUUUAUUAUCUAUUCAAGUUUUUAUUUCAACAAGGAUUCAAAGUUUAUAAAAGAAAAAGAUAUUGGUAGUAAUAAUAAUAGUAGUAAUUAUAAUAAUAAUAAUAAUAAUUUAUCACAAUCAAUGAUUUAUAGUUUAAUUUUUAUGGCAAUAUUGGGGUCAUUAUUUUAUUCAUUACCUAGUUUUGAUGGUAAUAUAAAUUUUAUGAAAAAAACAUCAAUCUUUUUAGCAAAGUUUUUGUUGUUGUUUUCUUUUUCAACCUUUCCAAUUUCCAUCAAACAUGUUCCCCAAAACAAAACCUUUAGAAAUAUUAUAGUAUUUUCAAUUUUAAUAGCAUUGAUUUUAAUAUUUUUUAAUACCAACCAACAACAACAACAACAACAACGAUCGAAUAAUGAAAAAUGGAGUUAUUGGUUUUUGGUAUUUGGUAUAUUAGAGAUAAUGCUCCAAAACAGAGACAUUGGAUCGAGUAGAGUCGGCGUUUUUAGGUUAAUUGAAAUUAAUAGAUUAUCGAUAAUUGGAUUGUCGAUUGCUUUGAAUUUGGUUAUCGUCAUCCUUGUCUACUAUAAAUCAAUUCAAUUAAAAAAAUCUCAACAUCUUAAACAACAACAACAACACUCGUCAACCCCUUCUUCUACUUUACAACCACAGUUACCUUCUCCAUCCUUGUUAACAACCUUUAGUAAAAUGAUGGUUGUAUCAAAUAUUGCUUGUAUUUAUUCAUUUAUUGCAUGUAUCAUGGUCAACCUAUUUUGGUUGGAUGGAAAUGAAUCAAGUGUAAUUGUUUUGGCACCUUUACUCCUAUUUGUUCAAUCCCCUAUCGGUGAACAAAAGGAAAAUACAACAGCAGCAGCAACAACAACAACAACAAAAGAUUUGGAGAAAAAAGGAUUUUUAUCUUUUUGUUACCUCCUUCAUCAAUUAUCAAUUCUCCAUCUUCAUCUUCAUCUCAUAGACAAAGUAGAGGUGGCAAAGGAAAUACAAGAUUGGGAUGAUCCUCUCAAGAUACAGAGGAAUCAUCUCUCUCUCUUUUUGUCAAUCACUAUGGGAAUAUAUAGUAACUUUAAAACAUCAUCACCACCAAGAUUCAGGUUAUUAGUAGUUGUAUUAUUUCUAGUGACUAUAGUGUUGUUUAGUUUUGCUUAUUUCAAUGGUCACCUAGCAUUGUAUGAUCAAACAUCAGCAUUUGAUCGACAUAGUAAAUUAGAUAUAGCAAACCAAAGAGAUUGGGAAGAUAUAGCAAACCAAAGAGAUGUUACAAUCUUUUUGUGGGACAUUACAACAAAAGAAAUAGAUUGGUCUGGUUUGUUGGCUUCGGAUGCAAAUUUAGAUAAUCAAAAACAACAUUUAUAUAAACAACAAUUAAAACAACAACAACAACAACAACAAACAAGUAGAUCUUUAAAAUCAAUUGCAAUCAAAAACAAUAGAGAUGAAGAUCAAGAUGACCAACCCGAUGAUGAUGAAUUUGAAGAUGAAAACGAAAAAGUUUGUGACGUAUCUUGUAGUUUUACCAACAAUCAUAUAGAUCUACCACUAUCAGACUAUAUCGUAUUUGAUCCAUCAUUUAUUCAUCGUGAUGAUUGGAGAAGAUCACCUUUAAACCUUCCAGAAAAGUUACCAUUUCAAAAAUUUGUCUUGUUGGACUACUUUAGUAAGAGUCAAUUUCCAAUCCUCGCCGAUCCAAGGUAUACCUCUCUCAUGGAUCUACAUUUCAACUAUAGUGCCGAUAGUACCCAACAACUUUCAUUGGCAUGUCCACCAGAUCCAUCGUUUACCACAAAAAAUACCACCUCUUUACUAUUAAAUAAUCAUGAUUCAAAACCUUGGCAAUCAAGAAAGGGAUUGGUUUUUAUUUCUUCAAAUUGUAAAGUUGGUUUUGCAAAAUCAAGAAUCAAUUAUAUAAAAUCAAUGAAAACAAUUGUUGAUAUUGAUACUUUUGGAAAAUGUUUUGAAGGAAAAUCUACUACUAUUCAAAACAUGUCAACCAAGCCAACAAACAUUAAUGAAAUAAUCAAAAGCAAUAUGAAAGAGUUUGAAAAUUACAAGUUUGCUUUGACAUUUGAAAAUGAAAAUACAACAGACUAUGUAUCUGAAAAGGUAUACUCUGCUCUCUACUCUGGUGCCAUUCCUGUCUAUAUGGGCUCAAAGAAUAUUGGCAACUGGGUACCAACUGGUUCAAUCAUCAAGGUAUCUGACUAUAGCUCUCCAACUGAUCUUGCCAAUUAUCUCAAAAAGGUUAUCGACGAUCCAAAUGAAUAUAAAAAAUAUUUUGAAUGGAAAAAAUCAGAUUUGGAACAAAAGGUAAUUGAUAAAUUAAGAAUGUGUGUAAAUGGUUUUCAUAGUAAAUGUAAAAUGUGUAAAAUGGCAAACGAUGUGUUAUCAAUCAAACAAUUGGAGUUAAAAAAGGGCCUAAUGACAACACAUAGUUCCUAUCAACCAUUCCAUUUACAAAUGCAAGGAAAAGGAGACCACAUUAAAGUUGAUUCAUCCAAUUGUCCAACGUGUUUGGAUUUGUCUGAAAAAUACACUCUAAUGGCUUGGGUAAAACCAACAAGUUUUGGUGAUCAACGUGUCAUUGACAAGAAUACUGGAGGUACUGUCGAUGGAUACAAUUUUGACAUUCAAAAGGCAACAGACUCGAGCAGAGGAAUUGCACGUCUAUGCGCUGGUGGAACUUGUUUCUCAUCUCACAUGUCAUUCUCGCCCGACGUUUGGACCCACAUUGCUGUCACCUACUCUGUAAAUAACGAACACGUCCACGACAACAAGGUAAACUUUUUUAUCAAUGGAAAAAAAGAUAUUCCUCAAGAUUUCUUUAAUCCAACUGCAAAAAAUAAGCAUCCAGUUUUAAUUGGUGCUUCAAAUGGUAUAGCCAUUGGUGAUAGUGGUACAUAUAAUGGAAACAUUGAUAAUAUUGCAAUCUAUAAUAGAUCAUUAAACAAUCAAGAGAUAAUCAAUGCCAUGUGGAACAAACCAUUUGGUGACGAAAAGGAUAUUUUAUUGUAUUUUGAUUUUGAUGUCAACCCUCUUCACCACGAGACAAAGGGUACAGUAAAAGAUAGAUCAAUCUAUGGAAAUAAUGGAAUCUUGGUUGCUGUAGUGAUUUGGUUGUUUGGUUUUAGACUUUCAAAUUUUUAUAGUUUAGCUCAAUUAACUUAUAACUUUGAUAUUCAUCAUUGA